AUGUCGCAACAGACAUUCACUGGUACAACUAGACAAUUUGUUGGUGCUAGUAGUGGUGGUAAUGAUAGUUCACCCAUAUCAUAUCAACCAGUUUGUCAGAGAUGCUUUAAUCCAUUACAAUUGGAUCAAGAUUUUGAACAUUUACAGAAAACGGAAUUAAUGACUUUAAUCGAUGCUACAACUGCUGAUAGUGAAAUAUCUGAUCCAAUUAAUUUAGUACCUGUUAAGAAUUCUACCACUCCUCGACCAAGAUUCAUUGUUCCACCAUAUUCGGCAUUAUCUCUGUUAAAUGAUGAUAAAGAUCCAAUCGAAACUCUUCAGUCAUAUUCAGGACCUAGUUCAAGCCUUGAUCAUCGUCUCAAGGUGAAUGCAUGUUUAUUUGAUGUAUUAAGUGGUCGUACUGAAGUUGAUCAUCCAUUAUGCCAAGAAUGUGCAGAUACUUUACUGUUAGCUAAACAACAAUGUUUAGAAUUUCAAGAAGAAGAAAUGAAAUGUUUACAAUUUUACUUAUCAUAUCUUGAUUCGACUGCUGGAAAAAUUGAAGCUAAAUUAAAAUCUAAACAAGCUCUUAAUUUAAUAUCAGCGCAGAAAAAGAAAAAUAAAACUCUUUCAUGUGAAACAAUCACUGAAUCACAUGAUCAGAUCUCUGACAAGCAAUGUACCACCACAUCUGAUAACGAAAACACUGUAUUUCAGAAAGUGGUUGACAAUGAUGUCAACAAUCAGAUGAAUAACGACUCGGAACUAAUUGAUUCUGUAUUGAGUCUUGCAUUUGAUGAUAAUGAUGCUUAUUCUGAUGACGAUGAUAAUAUUGAUGAUGAUGAUGAUGAUGAUGAUGGCAGCAACACAGAUAAUAGUAGUCAUGAUGUGAAAACCGAUAAAGAAAUUAAAAAAUAUACAUCAGGUCGUAAAAAAUGUAAAAAUGUAAAUGAACUUGAACAGACAUUAAAUACCCUACAAUCCACUUUAAAUCAGUUGCUAAUUGAAAAUGACAAAUUGGAUAAACAAAUAGCUCAAGACACAGCCGAGUUAGAAAAACGUACGGAAGAGUUAGAUCGAGCUACGACUCAGUAUAAUGAUCAAAAAUUGGCCUUAAUUGAAGCAGAAGAAGAAAUGCAGUGCUUAGAAUCUCGACUAAGCUAUGCUCGGAGUCAUUUGCAUCGAUUGCAGCGCACAAAUGUACUUAACAUUGCUUUCCCAAUAUGGUACGAUGGUCAUAUUGGUGUAAUCAAUGGACUACAUCUUGGUCGUCUGCCUAAUCGUCCUGUUGGUUGGGAAGAGAUCAAUGCAGCGUGGGGUCAAUGUGCUUUAUUAUUACAGUGUAUUGGAAAGAAACUAAAUUACACUUUUCAAAAUCAUCGUAUUGUACCUAUGGGAAGCCAAUCAAAAAUGAUCCAAUUAUCAAUAUCAAAAGAGUUUCCUCUCUAUUAUACUACAGGUGGUAUGCGACUAUUAAGCGCUGGCAAAUUUGAUACAGCUAUGAUAAAUUUUUUAGAUUGUUUAAAUCAAGCUCAACAAAUUAUAGAGCACACAUCCAAUAUACAACUACCUUUUCGUAUUAAAGAUAAAGGAAAGUUACAAGAUCCUGAUGGUCAAAUUUAUUCCAUUAGAUGGAAUGGAAAUUCUGAAGAAAAUUGGACUAAAACUUUAAAAAUGAUGCUUAUCAAUAUGAAAUGGAUUAUAGCUGCAUUAGCUACCAAAAAGAAUAAAAAACCAACAAUGAAUAUCCAGUCAACUCCCAGUACUUCUGAUAAAUAA